UACAGGUUGAAACCCACCGACACCAAGAUCAUUUUCAUGGUGCUAGAGUUGUUGGUCAUGAUUCAAGCCUAGCCACUAGUCUCCUUCUCACCCUUGAUCUUUUUCAUAAUAUUAAAGUCUCUUCUUCCCCCUAUAUUUGAAUUAGAAGCGUCCUCUUCUCUGCCCUUAGGUUGGCUGAAGUUCCUGAACCGAAGACAGGUGAAAUAUACUAACAAAGCACGCCAAAGAUGAGCCAAAGAAAUGGCAACGCACCCAAGCUCGACCUGAAGCUGAACCUAUCACCACCAAGGGCUAACCCUAUAGUGGAGUCACCAAGCCGAUCAGCGACAGUGUCACCAACAUCACCACCAAGCUCAUGUGUGUCAUCAGAAACGAACCCAGAACCAGAAUCUAACAGCCCUGAGGCUACUUCGAUGGUGCUUGUGGGAUGCCCUAGGUGCCUCAUGUAUGUGAUGCUCUCAGAGGAUGACCCUAAAUGCCCCAAAUGCAAGAGUACUGUGUUGCUUGAUUUCCUGCAUAACAACACUGUGCAGUCCAAGAACAGUUGAAAAACAUUAUAGGGCUUCCUUCUGCUGAUUCUGCUGCUAUUAGGACUAGUAAACUUUCCUAUAUUCUCCAGGUAGUGCUACUUGGGCUCCAGUUUUUUGCAUCUCCAUUCCUUGCAAGAAUACUGCAGGAAAUGGAGAAAUUUAGAAGGGGCUUGGAGCCCAAGUAGCACUAUAUCCUCUAUCCCUCUUUCUCUCAUAUAUUUUAUUUCUAACCUUUUUCUAGUCAUAGAACAAAGAAUAGGAGCUGUUUGGACUUAGAGGUAGUAUCUGCGUGUUUUUUUUCGUUUCAGCUUUCUUCCCUCUUUUGCAGAAGACAAUGUAAUCGUGUUCCUUGCAGCAGCCAAAUAUUCCUAUGAAUGUUAGGUACUUUAUGAUUUUAUCC